GUUAACUUAGGGUGCGUUUCCAUGAAAUUAGCUUGACCAGUUUUCAAAUUAAGAAUAUUCUAGUUAUUAUGUUAGCUCUAGCGCAAUUAAGACAUAUUUUUGGAUAUCGAACGGGGAUAACUGGAUCUAUAGUUUUUCAUGAUGAGCAAACGGUGGUAUAUCCCUGCGGAUCCAACCUGGUAUUAUUUAAUACAGAGCAGAAAUCACAAAAAUUCAUCGCCGGCUUGGAUAAAUCCUUGGGAAUGACAGCAAUGGCUAUCAGCCCUAAUAGACGAUAUGUCGCUUUGGCCGAAAAAGCUGUCGAUAGGCCUGUUAUAACGGUCUAUGAUUUGUCGGCUUUACGGAAAAAGAAGACCAUAUCUUCAAAUGAGGUUCACUCCAAUGAAUUUGUGAGCAUAGCAUUCUCUCCCGAUUCCAAAUAUUUGGCAGCUCAGGGAUCUCAACCUGACUGGACCCUUGUGUAUUGGGCAUGGGAAAAGGCCAAACAGCUAGCAGCACUAAGAACAUCUAUGGGAAACCAGAUACGUCAAAUUUCCUUCAACCCACGUGAUUCUACGCAGCUAUGUGUCAUCGGCAUGGAUAUAUUCCGUCUUUAUAGAUAUGGUGAAAAUAACUUGAAACCACAUGGUCUUAUAAAAGUGGAACCUCAGAACUUCCUCUGUCAUACCUGGGUAUCAGAAGACAAGAUUGUCGUGGGAACUGAAGAUGGAAAAUGGAUAUUACUUGAAAAUGGAGAACCGAAAAUUGAGUACCGCCUUUCGGCCCUCACCCAGUCCGAACAGUCGAAGUCAGGAGGGGAAACGUGA